AUUAAAGUUAGCAUGGAUUCGCUGCCUAAAUUUCUAAGUCACGCCAAGAGUAUAUACCUCUGCUGUUACUUUUGUUAAUGCUCGCUAAGUGGAGGACCGUUGGGGGGCCAGGAGCUUCAUAUAUGUUCGAGCACUUUCCCUCUCUCCGGGCAAGGAAAAUGGCCGCCCCAAGGGAAUGGAUCCUCGCUCUCGUCCUGCUCAUAAUCGUCAAUCUCUCCCUCAAAGCGUCCUCCACCAGCAGCAUCGGCGUCAACUACGGAAGAAUGAGCGAUAAUCUCCCAUCCCCAGCCCAGGCAGCACAGCUCCUGAUCCAGCACGGGAUCACGAAGGUAAAGCUCUACGACGCUGAUCCAUCGGUGAUCUCCGCCUUCGCCAGCACUGGAAUCCAGAUCGCCGUAUCGAUGUACAACGAAGUAAUCUGGCAGCUGGCCUCGAGCCAAGAACAAGCCGAUAGCUGGCUCGCCUCUGCGAUUCUCCCUCACCUGGCGGCUAACGCAAGCAUUGAGAUGAUCCUGCUCGGCAACGAGGUACUCACCCGCGCAGAUCCAGCGCUGGCGCCCCAGCUCGUCCCGGCAAUGCGAAAUCUCCACAAAACCCUAGUCACCAGGGGCCUGGAUUCCAGAAUCAAGCUGACAACGAGCCACGCGAUGGACGUCCUGGAUUUCUCGCGCUCUUUCCCGCCCUCGGCUGGUAUAUUCCGCCCCGGAAUGGAGGAGACGAUGAAGCCCCUCUUGGACUUCCUGGCGGAGACCUCCUCGCCGUUCCUGAUCGAUGCUUACCCCUAUUUCGCGUACAGGGACGACAAGGGGGAGCAUAUCGAUCUGGAGUUUGCGCUUCUCGACCCCAACUCAUCUGGGACCACGGAUUGGAUCACUGGAUUGCACUACCCGACGAUGCUCGACGCCCAGGUGGACACAAUCUAUGCCGCGAUGGGCAGGCUGGGCUAUGGCAACGGCGAGGUUCGUGUCAUUGUUGGCGAGACUGGGUGGCCAUCGGCAGGCGACGAGAGGAAUUUCGGGGCUGGGAUGGAGAAUGCGAGGAAAUUCGUGCAAAAUCUCGUACGUAGGCAGCAGCAGGGACUAGGAACGCCAUUGCAUCCAGAAGUUUCCAUUGAAUCAUACAUCUUUGCGCUGUUCAAUGAGGAUUUGAAGCAGGGGAGCACAGCAGAGCGCAACUUUGGCCUCUUCUAUCCCAACAUGACACAAGUGUAUAGCGUAGAGUUUUCUUUAAACAUGUUUAAAUAAA